AUGAGUGGGCGACGACGCAGUCGCAGUCCUCGACAUGAAAAACACACUCGCAGCCGUAGCCAAAGCAGAAGUGGGAGUGGGAGUCACUCGGCGUCUCUAAAGCACAAGCAUCAUCAUCAUCGACAGUAUGAGCGGGAUCACCGACGUCAUGAAGGAGAUGAAGAACAGAAAGGGGGCGAGCGACAUGAGGUUGCGCACAGGUCGCGCAUCUUGACGGUCGUGAACUCGGAUGAAAGCGACAGUAGCAGUUUGAUUACUACAGCCAAGAAGAGUAGAGAUAGUUUAUCGGAUAACAAGCACCGACACCACAGCCAUCGUCAUUCGAAACGUCGGCGUUCGCGCUCGUCGUCCGAGUCGUCGUCCGAGUCGGAGAGCUCUGACGAGUCGAAGCGUGAGCAAUUACGUCACAAGAGGAAACACAAGCACAAGACCUUGCACAAGAGCAAGAAACAACACAAGAAGAGAAAGAAGGACAGCAAGAGCACGAAACAUGCUGUAAAUCAGGACGAGUACGGCAAGUACGGCAUCCUGCGCGAGUCGGACUUCCAUAGCAAGAGCGUGUCGUUUCAGGCGUGGCUUCGAGACGUGAAAAACAUGGGCGAGUUCAAUGGACCCAAGUGGGAAGCCAUGGAACUCUUUAAAGAGUACAUGGAAGACUACAAUACGUGCACAAUGCCCCACAAAAAGUACUAUGAUAUUGAAAAGUUUGAGAUGAAACGGUAUCAAAAGCAGCAGCGCAAGGCGUUUGCAAAGCAGAAGGGGGCGUCCAAUAAGGCACUGGACACGGCGGCUGAUGAAGAGCGACUGCGUCGUGAACGCCUCGAUGCACGCGAGAAGAAGGAACAGGAGGAAUUUCGCCUUGUGCUGCAACUUAUGGACAAGGACAAGAUCGAAGCCAUGCGUGAGCAGGAGCGUCUCCGUGCACAGAUGCAAUUGUUUUACAAGUCUGGAAAUGUCGAAGAGGCUCGUCGUCUCGAGCAGAGUCUUAAUAAGGUCGAGGAGGAUCCGCGCUUUAAACGGUGA